AUGCACCUGGAGUGUCUCCUCCUUGACAGCGACACCGCUUGCGUCGGGUGCAUCCAGUUCGUCUUCGAGGAGCUUCCUGGCAUGAUGUUCUCGGAUGCCGUGGGGUACUCGUCCAUGGGUGUCAUGGACCAGCUGUUCGAGGGCGGGGCUUCUCCAAUUGAUGUUGCCAACUCGCCGCCUACAGGCGCUAGCGGCAUGGCCGUCAGGCAGGAGGCGUCCGUCGGACACGAGCUCUAUAUCAAAGUGCUGGCGCUGAGCAGCAACGACGUCAUGAAGGAGUUCGGCAAGCUUCCCAAGACUCUCGGUCUCAGGGGCGUCAUCGUCUGCCAGCGGCCGUCCCCCAUGGUAGUUUACCCGUUCAAGAUGAUCCAAGAUCGGAAGGGCGCUUACCCGACGCUGAAGAUAUUCCAUCGAAAUUCCAUGGGCUCCCAGGUCACCUACACUAAGGACGGAGCGAAGGAGUUGAUGAAGGGCCACAGCGAUAUGUUGCUUGCGGCAACGGCGAACAAAGUCGGCACAGGCGGCGACGAGGAGGGCCAGGUCACUUUCAACCAGGGCAUACACUCUGCUAUUCCGACCUUCCAGUCCAUCAAGGACCGCCGCGACGCACUGAACGCCAAGUCCCAGAAGCGGUUCGGCAAGCAGAAAUCUGGCGCGAUCGACGAGGUGCAUUUAGAUGAGGAGGGGAAUCAGCAUGGGAGGUCUGCCUCCAAGGGUCAGCGCGCGACCGAGGAGGAGGUCCUGAACCCAAAUAUGUCUGGCACGGUCGAGUAUUGGAUUUGGGAGCUGAAGUUUGAACGGGCCUUCAACGACUGCAAGAACGGGCGCGCGGAAAACCAAGCCAAGAUCUUGCUGCCGAAGAUCAGCGGCAACGACCGCAAGAACUUGCAGAUCCACCUGGACCUCUACACCAUGGCGAAGUGCUUCAGCCCCACUGAGUGCAAGAACCACGAUAACACUGAGCUCACGGCGAAGUGGAAGGAGCUGAAGAAGGCAGGCGCCACCUUCACGAAGUUCUGCUUGAAGGGCUUAUCCAAGAGGUACGUCAACCAACUUUGGAAGACUGUCGACGAUUCCGAUACCGACAUUUCCGCGAAGAGGGAUGCCAUGAGGAAGAUGCUUACCGCCACCGCUCCGUGGGACUCUGACGUCGCGGCCGCGCGCAACAUCGACCCGUGUUCCGUGAAGCUGGUCCAGGCUUGCGAGGAUGAUUCGGAGAUCGCCGAGUAUUUCAUGGAGUGGGUUUUCAGCGACACCUUCCAACUUUGGAUCAGCGCGGGCAACUCCAGGGCAAAGGACGUGCUUAUGUUUGUGGAGGAGGCCAUCGCUCUCUGGGACACGCUUCCAGAAGACGCGGUCUUGGGGGAGGAACCUGCGUUGUGCCUUCUCCAAGCCAACACCGUUGCUCGCCUCCUCCAGGCGUUGAGCGCAGACAGCUUGCCGCAGGACCUGAACCUGGACAUCUUCGAUAGCCUGGCCGCGGUGGAGAGCGAGGCCAAGCGGACUACGGGAGGGCAGACCGUCCUGAGGAUCGCUGGGCAGGCGUUGAUGACGUCGGCAGGGGACUACUGGCAGAAAAAGCUCGACUGGGCCAACCAGCAUGCGACGUCGCUCCAAGAGCACGGCGGCGCUUUACAGCAGGCGGCUUCGGACUUGACGGCGGUGUCCACCACCUCCGUGCCCAACAAGACGAUCGGCGAGCGCAUGCUGAGCAUCGCGAAGGAGAUCCCCUACUGGGAGGCGCGGAUGUACGAGGGCGUGUCCGACAUCGUGAAGGCAAUCUUGCUCGAGAAGGCGACCAAGUUGCGCGAUUUGCUGGUGGCGGGCGGCGCCAGGGGCGCCGCCGCCGCCGUCGCUGAUGCCGAAGCGCCCGAUGAGAGCCCCUCGGCAGUCCUGGCCGUCUUCAAGGACCUCUUCAAGGAAAUGUCGUCCAUCUUCCCAGCCGAUGAGCACGUCGAGAAGUCGGCGCAGGACAUCCACAGCAGGCUUUUGGACGUGGACCUUGCCAGCAAGCACGACCUCGUGAUGCAGGCCGUGCGCGAGUGGGAGCCCUCUGGUGACAAGACGCGUCGCCUCCGCGAUGCGCUCCACGACUGCCGCGCCAAGGAGUUGCCAGACGAUGUCCGUGAGCCUUGCUACAAGCUGUUCGAGGGCAUCGUGAGGACGGCAGUUGACAAUUCGCCCCAGGGCCCGAUGAUCCCCGUCGACGGCUCGGUGUUCGACACGUUGGAGUUUCUCGCGGGCCACGCGCCCCAGCCCCACACCGACGCGUGCACGAAGGUCUCGGCGAUGGUGAACGCGGCGUGGAGGGCGCUGGUUGCUUUCAAGAAGGUGCAGGACGCUACGAGCGAACAUGCAGCUGAGGCUGCUCCGCCCAGCUCCGAGGUGGUCGAUGGCAUGGUGAAGGACCUGGUCAGGGCGCUCCAGAAGUACAAGUCGACCGCGAAGCCGACGCUGCUGGAUCGGUUCGCCCCUGGUGCAUCAGAGCUGCUGGGCGCCAGGAUCGAUGCUGCCAAGGAGUUCGUGAAGCAGAAUGGUAGCAGCAGCGUGGCGGCGAUCCAGUCCAACAUCACGAGCAAGAUGACGACGCUGAGGCAGAUGAUCAAGGAGUCCCCCCACAUGGACGAGUACGAGAAGGUCUGCAUGUCGGCCACCGCUCUGCCGCCGAUCCUGCAGGUCGCGAAAAAGGGACUGACAGACGCGAACACGGGGGACUGGCUCGAGAGGUGCGCGCAGAUCGAGGGCGAGGUCGAGCAGCUCCGCGCGAAGGCGGGCGAGUACGGCAUCACUGUGCAGACGGAAGACAUCAAGACCAUCGAGGGCGCCGUGUCAGAGAUCAGGGCGGCGUGCAUCAGCAUCGAGCUGUGCAGUCACUUUGGCGACGCAGAGCUGGCGAAGAUCAGGAAGUACGCGCUCGAGCCCAAGUCCAUGCCAGAGCCGAUCGUGAAUCGCUAUCGCGAUGGCCUGAAGAUGAAGUGA